GGAAGUGGAGCAACAGGAAGGCUCGCGCGCUGAUCUGCUUGGGCAGUUAGUAGAGUUUGGGCAGUUUGUUUUGACAUCAUGGGGCGGAAAGUUACUCUAGCCACUUGCUCCCUCAAUCAAUGGGCUUUAGACUUUGAUGGCAAUCUAGAAAGAAUACUGAAAAGUAUUGAGAUCGCCAAAUCUAAAGGGGCCAAGUACAGACUGGGACCUGAACUGGAAAUCUGUGGCUAUGGAUGCGCUGACCACUUCUACGAAUCUGACACACUACUUCACUGCUUCCAAGUCCUCAAGACACUGCUGGAGUCACCUAAGACGCAGGAUAUUAUCUGCGAUGUCGGCAUGCCUGUUAUGCAUCACAACGUUCGCUAUAACUGCAGAGUUCUUUUCCUGAACAAGAAAAUUUUAUUAAUCCGCCCGAAAAUGCUGCUGGCAAAUUAUGGCAACAACCGGGAAUUCCGCUGGUUUUCUCCAUGGAGUAAACCCAGAUGUGUUGAGGAGUACUUUUUGCCAAGAAUGAUCCAGGAUGUGACAGGACAGGUGACGGUUCCUUUCGGUGAUGCAGUCCUCUCCACUAAGGACACGUGUAUCGGCAGUGAGAUCUGUGCUGAACUGUGGAACCCCAGGAGUCCUCAUGUGGACAUGGGAUUAGAUGGCAUAGAGAUCUUUACGAACUCUUCUGCCAGCUAUCAUGAGCUCCGCAAAGCUGACCAGAGGGUGAACCUGGUCAAGUCAGCAACCACAAAGAGUGGAGGCAUCUAUCUGUUCGCUAAUCAGAAAGGCUGUGACGGAGAUCGCCUGUACUACGAUGGCUGCGCUAUGAUCGGCAUCAACGGAGACAUCGUCGCUCAGGGGACACAGUUCUCUCUUGACGAUGUGGAAGUUCUCACGGCCACUCUUGACCUGGAGGACGUACGCAGCUAUAGAGGAGAGAGAUGUCACCCGCACAUGGAGUACGAACACAAACCAUACCAAAGGAUCAAAGUCGGGUUUUCACUGUCCGACUGCAAAGACACCUUCUUACCCACUCACCAGGCCAUCGACUGGACCUUUCACACUCCUGAGGAGGAGAUCAGUCUUGGUCCUGCAUGCUGGCUAUGGGACUAUUUAAGGAGGAGUGGUCAGGCUGGCUUCCUGCUUCCUCUGAGUGGUGGAGUUGAUAGCGCCUCUUCAGCCUGCGUCGUCUACUCCAUGUGCGUUCUCGUCUGUCAGGCAGUCAAAGAUGGCAAUGAUAGUGUUUUGGCGGAUGUUCAGCGCAUAGUGAGCGAUGGCUCGUACAGGCCCGAAGAUCCAAGGGAGCUGUGUGGACGCCUCUUCACCACCUGCUAUAUGGGCAGUGAAAAUUCCUCAGAGGACACCCACAACCGAGCGAAAGACCUGGCUACUCAAAUCGGCAGUAAUCAUCUCAACAUCAAUAUUGACAUGGCAGUGAAAGGCAUGCUGGGAAUCUUCUCUAUGGUGAUGGGAAAGUGGCCUAAUUUUCGUGCAAACGGAGGCAGCAGUAGAGAGAACCUGGCUCUGCAGAAUGUACAGGCUCGUGUCAGGAUGAUUUUGGCCUAUCUCUUUGCCCAGCUGUAUCUGUGGGCUCAGGGGAAACCUGGCGGUCUGCUGGUGCUCGGCUCUGCCAACGUGGAUGAGAGUUUGACUGGCUACUUCACUAAAUACGACUGCUCCAGUGCCGACAUAAACCCCAUCGGUGGUAUUAGUAAGAUGGAUCUGAAGAGCUUCCUGCUUUACUGCGCCGAGCAUUUUCGGCUCUCGGCUCUUAAGAGCAUCGUGGCUGCUCCUCCCACUGCAGAGCUCGAACCCUUGACGCACGGCCGGGUGUCUCAGACCGACGAGGCUGAUAUGGGGAUGACCUACUCUGAGCUGUCGGUGAUCGGCAAGCUUAGGAAGAUCUCAAAGUGCGGCCCGUACAGCAUGUUCUGCAAGCUGAUCCACUCGUGGAGAGAAAGCUGUUCUCCCUCACAGGUGGCUGCAAAAGUGAAGCAUUUCUUUAGGAUGUACUCAGUCAACAGGCACAAGAUGACUACAGUGACGCCGUCGUACCACGCCGAGAGCUACGGCCCGGAUGACAACCGCUUCGACCUCCGUCCCUUCCUCUACAACACACGGUGGUCUUGGCAGUUCCGCUGCAUUGACCAGGAGAUUUCCUUAAUGGAGGCUGGAUAUGCAGAAUUCAUAUAAGGUCCAUAUGUUCUAAAGGUUCUGGUUAAAUGUCAGAUAAUAGCCUGUUAAAUGUGCCAUGUAGUACCUGCUGCUGUAACAGUAGUGCAUAGGGACUUGAGUACAUACAUAUUACUGUACCAUUACCUUCAUUUAUUGGAUAUGUUUUUAACAAAAAGGAAAUAAAUGCUUUGUAACUAUUCAGUUACAGGAAAUUCUACAGUCCAAAGGAUGCUGCAUUUUUAUGACUUAUUACUUGACAACAAUAAAGAGAAACUGAUUCCAAACAAUAAAUGUUCAGUUCAAAUGUA